GUAUAAAAUGCCCCGUGUGCAACAAGUUUGUGCUGCCGGACGAUGUAGAGUGUCACAUUGUGAUGUGCCUCACGAAGCCACGGAUCAGCUACAAUGAGGACGUGCUGACCGAGGACAAGGGCGAGUGUGUCAUCUGCCUGGAGGAACUGGAGCAGGGGCAGACGAUCGCCCGGCUUCCCUGCCUCUGCAUAUACCACAAGAGGUGCAUUGACGACUGGUUCAAGGUGAACCGAACAUGCCCCGAACACCCUGGCGACUGACCGCCGGCCGCCGAUCUGUGACCUGUGACCUGUGACCUGUGCUGACCUUUGGCGGGCACGAGCCUUCAGGUGGCACACAGCCCCGGCGGUGUGUGGACUUCUAAGCUGUGCCGCCGCUAACGUCUGCCAGUGAUCGCCAAAUCGAAGGGCAUUGUCGGAAUGUGGCGUGGGCUUUAUCGAGGCUGUUUUGUACGUCGCCUUGCGUGAAGUUUGUCGUUGAGCGGGCGAGCUUGUGAAGAAGCGGCUGAUGCUGGGGAAGGAACUGCUUAUUUGUUAACUUUCGGGAAAUUCGCAGAUUAGUAGAAUACGCCGCGUGACUAUGGGAGGCAACUGCACGGCCGUUGUCGCCACUCAACCGUCCAGAAGAGAGGCGUUUUCUUCGCGAAUCGAACCUUUAAACUCUCCGAAAUAUUGAAGUUGCGGGUAAAAUUGUUCUUGGUUACCAUUGUCGACCAUGCGAGCCAAAUGGAGUUUCACGGCGUCCGACCUUGAGCUUUCUCGCGCGGAAAGACGCGGCGCACGGUCGCCCUGUGGGGCGCCGGCCGUCUGAUCUCGCGGCCACGAAGGUAGCGGCGGCGCGUGCUGCGGUGACCGGCUCCCGUUGGCUCCGCACACCUUGCUGUGGACACAUGGCAGUGGAAGACAUCGCCGGGUGCCAGCAGUGCCGAGGGAUCGAUGUGAUACGCGCGGGGCGUCGUCCCCGUGUGCGCCCACGCGCCGCCCGACCCCGUUGACGUCAGAGACUAUUUUGUACAGGGCAAUAAGGAGUGGGCCCGCGCGCUGCGCCGCGCCGGCUAGCCGGUGCCGCCGUGCGUUCGCCACCGGGCAGUGCCGGCGUAUGGUGGGCUCAAAUCGGUCUGUUUAGCCGCCGCGUAGGUUUUAGUACUGCAUAUUACGCAUAAUAUUUUGAGCUGGCUCGUGAGACUGAGACGCUGGCGGCAUAGGCGAAAGCCAGGCCACGGAGCGUGCCGUGCCGGUGGCAGCGGAUUGGGCGCGGGGUCGGCAGUGGAGGGUGCUGCCUGGAGCCUGACCGCCGAUCUUGUGUGUGUGUGGGGG